CCUGAAUUUGCUGGGUGCAUUCACCCGCUACGGAACAGGGACGGAGAGGAAUGAAGGAGGCAAGCAAGGGCGUAAUGUAGUGCAGCGUAAUAGGCCCAACGAAGUUUUCAUGUGGACAAACAAACAAAAACCCAUCCUCUUAUUUCUAUUCAUGGCUUGCAUGCCAUGCUGUCUUAGCAUAGCAUGGACUGGCUACCUCCCGCACUGCGCUCACUCUUUUUUUCACUUUCUCUUUUUCUUUUUAGUUUUCUCAUACCCUAACCAACUCUACUUUUCCUCUUCCAUUGUUCUUCUUUACAGAGCCAGUGCCUCGAUCCAGGCUUUGCUUUGCUCAAGCUUUGCUUAUCGUUCACUCCCUCUCGACCCGACUUCAACCCACGGAUCGACACCAAACCAUACUCUCUCACACAUUGCACACCGAACCCAAUUGGAUCUCAGGCACCCCCCACGCUCUCUCUUUUUUUGCUUCAGGUACGCUCAGAAACAAACACUAUCACUACCACUUCAACUCUCACCCCAUUCACGACUCGUACUCUCGAUCUAUCCCCAAGGGAUCCAAUACAUAGAAACUACCAUAUCUUCCUACCAACCCCUCAUCACCGUCAGCACAUACUGCUCUCUCCUUCUAUUUUUUCAUCUCUACAGGGUCAACAUCAAGGAGAUCAGAACAAAAAAUGUGGGUCGUGCAGGGACUGUAGAGACUCUAUCAAGCCAGUGUCAACAAGGCAGUGAAACCCCCGUUUAUCUCCAUGGCCCUUAUCCGCACUUCCCUUAUCCAUAUCCCUCUUACUUCGUCGUCUGUUAUCAUCGCUGCUACCUGACCUCAUCCCCCCUCCCUUCUUCUCCGAAGAAUUAGAGUCUACAAUAGUAUUGCAG